GUCGGUACCUGAGGGCACAGAGAUGUUCGAGGUCUAUGGGUCCCCUGGCGUGGAUGUCUACAUCUCUCCCAACGUGGAAAGGAGCCGGGAGCGAGCGGACACCAGGCGGUGGCACUUUGAUGAGAGCUCAGAGAUCAUCGUGGUCAUGAACUCCCCUAGCGAUGACCUCAACGACAGUCAUGUUCAGAUUUUCUACCACUCCAGCUGUGAGUCUUUGCCCCUGGCCUAUGCGGUGCUCUAUCUCACCUGUGUUGACAUCGCUCUGGACUGUGACCUGAACUGUGAGGGCAGGCAGGACAGGAACUUCGUGGACAAGCGGCAGUGGGUCUGGGGGCCCAGUGGGUAUGGAGCCAUCUUACUGGUGAACUGUGAUCGGGAUGAUCUGAGCUGCGAUGACCAAGACAACUGUGACCAGCAUGUGCGCUGCCUGCAAGACCUGGAAGACAUGUCUGUCAUGAUCCUGCGGACCCAGGGCCCCACAGCCUUCUUUGAUGACCACAAACUUGUCCUCCACACCUCCAGCUAUGAUGCCAAGCGGACACAGGUCUUCCAUGCCUGUGGUCCAGAAGACUCGUGUGAGACUUACAGGCACGUGCUUGGCCAGGACAAGGUGUCAUACGAGGUACCCCGUUUCCAUGGGGAUGAGGAGCGUUUCUUCGUGGAAGGCCUCUCCUUCCCCGAUGCUGGCUUCACGGGGCUGGUCUCCUUCCACGUCACUCUGCUGGAUGACUCCAAUGAGGAUUUCUCCCAAUCCCCGAUCUUCACCGACACCGUGGUGUUCCGUGUGGCACCCUGGAUCAUGACGCCCAGCACCCUGCUGCCCCUGGAGGUGUACGUGUGCCGGGUGCAGAACAACACGUGUUUUGUGGAUGCAGUGGCAAAGCUGGCCAGGAAGGCAGGCUGCAAGCUGACCAUCUGCCCACAGGCCGAGAACCGUAAUGACCGCUGGAUCCAGGAUGAGAUGGAGCUGGGCUAUGUCCAGGCCCCACACAAGACCUUCCCGGUGGUCUUUGACUCCCCAAGGAAUGGGGAGCUGCAGGACUUCCCUUACAAAAGAAUCCUGGGUCCAGAUUUUGGCUAUGUGACUCGGGAACCACGAGACAGGUCUGUGAGCGGCCUGGACUCCUUCGGGAACCUGGAAGUCAGCCCCCCGGUGGUGGCUAAUGGAAAAGAGUACCCCCUGGGGAGGAUCCUGAUUGGGGGCAACCUGCCCGGGUCGAGUGGCCGCAGGGUCACCCAGGUAGUGCGAGACUUCCUCCAUGCCCAGAAGGUGCAACCCCCGGUGGAGCUCUUUGUGGACUGGUUGGCCGUGGGACACGUGGAUGAGUUUCUGAGCUUCGUCCCUGCCCCCGAUAGGAAGGGCUUCCGGAUGCUCCUGGCCAGCCCUGGUGCUUGCUUCAAGCUCUUCCAGGAAAAGCGGAAGUGGGGCCACGGCAGGGCCCUCCUGUUCCAGGGAGUUGUUGGCAAUCAGCAGGUCGAGACCAUCUCCAUCAACCAGGUCCUCUCCAAUGAAAACCUCAUCAGCUUUAAUAAGUUUGUGCAGAGCUGCAUCGACUGGAACCGGGAGGUGCUGAAGCGGGAGCUGGGCCUGACUGACCGUGACAUCAUCGACAUCCCACAGCUGUUCAAGACUGAGAAGAAAAAGGCGGUGGCCUUCUUCCCUGACUUGGUGAACAUGCUGGUGCUGGGGAAGUACCUGGGCAUCCCCAAGCCCUUCGGGCCCAUCAUCAACGGCCGCUGCUGCCUGGAGGAGAAGGUGCGGUCCCUGCUGGAGCCACUGGGCCUCCACUGCAGCUUCAUUGACGAUUUCACCCCCUACCACAUGCUGCACGGGGAGGUGCACUGCGGCACCAAUGUGCGCCGGCAGCCCUUCCCCUUCAAGUGGUGGAACAUGGUGCCCUGAACCGCUCCCACCCACUGUCCUCCCCCCUGGGGUCGGGCAUCAGCCAGGGUGAUGGAG